AAUAGUAAGCUGGGAUGGCUUGGAUGCUUUGGGAGGUGCUGCCCGCCUCCUUGGCACAGAUUGGUUUGGUUAAUACAGCUGGACUGCGUUCUUGUAAUCAGCUUAUAGGAGACACUGUUUUGAGCAGAACAUCAGUUGUAGCGACAGCUACGAGAACGUAAAGAAACUUUAACCCUGAGUGUUGCUUUAAAAACUGCUUAGACCGUCUUUAAUAAUAUGUCAAAAAAUCUGUGCGCUUUGGAAUUUUGGACGCCCUGGUGCUCGGGAACGCGGCUGCGCGCGAGCUCGUGAUGCUCCAUGCGCGCGCAGUCAGCUCGCUGUCUCCAGUCCUGUGCACUUCAGACAAGAUUAUGUUGAGCAGAGGUUUGGGUUCUCUGCCUCGUUUCUAGAAUACUGUGGACAGCUUUAUGUAGAGCGUCUUUUCCAUAAUGUCGAGGAGGAAAGUUCGUCUCGCGCGCUCUGAGCGUACAGUGAGCGAGGACUCGGACAUAGACAGCCUGCUGGAGAGCCUGUCUCCUGAUGAGGUGGAGGAGCUGGAGAGGGAGCUGAUUAUCAUCGACCCGGAUCCCAGUGUGCCGGUGGGGCUCAGGCAGAGAAACCAGACCGAGAAACAGCCGACACGUGGCUACGACCGUGAAGCCAUGCUGGACUACUGCGAGCGAGAGACCAAGAAGCUCAUAGAGAGGGAGCUGUCCUUUGAGGGGGAGGCCAAAGGUGAAGGCCGUAGACGGGACCGGCUAAGGAGAACAAGAAGCAAAGAACAUCGGAGCUUUUCUAGGUCACACAGCCGUGAAGCAUCUGACAAGGAUGAGGCCAAAAAUGAGGAAAGUGAAGCUCAUGUCAAAGAGGAAAAAACUGUGUACAAAAAUUGCAAGGAUGGAGAAAAAAAAAUAGAGGAUGAGGUCAAAAAGACCUCUGACAUCAAAACAGAAUACAGACAAACAGAGAGAGGGAAAGAAAUAUUAGCAGAGAGGAAUUUAGAAAGAGAGGUAGAAAAUAAAAAUGAUAAACAAAGGGAGGCAUCUAAGAAAGAGCGGGGUAGCAGCAAGACAUCAGAGCUCAUCUCCAAACUACAGAAAAAGGAGGAUAAUAAAGAGAAGGAGAGAAAGGACAAUAGUAAGAUUGGAGAAAAUUUGAGAACAAAAGGGUUGAUAUCCAAGUUACAGGGCAACAAAGAGGUAGAAAACAGGGAGAAAGAAGAAAAAGAGAAGGAGGUAGAGAAAAAAAGAGAGAGUAGAACAAAAGGACUAGUCUCCAAACUGGAGGAGCAGAAAAGCCAAUCAGAACAUGGCAGAGUGUCAGAAAGGGGAAGCAGACAAAGAGACCUGGAGGGUCCUGUGAUAGAGAAAAAGAAGGAAAAGGAAGAGGAAAAGUGCAGUGAGAAAAGUAGACCCUACUCUGAAAGAGAUGCAACUGGAACAGAGAAAAGGAAGGACAGAAUGAAAAGGUGGGAGAAAGUGGAUGAGAUAGAGACGGAGCAAGAAAAACAGAGAAAGGAAGAGAAAAAGCGAGAAAGAGGUAAAGAGGAAGGGAAGAGUUUAGUGAAGAAUGCUAAAACUCAUAAUAAUGUUACUGAGACCUGCAGUAGUGGGGAUGAGCAGUCUGUCAAAACAGGGGAUGAGGAAGAGCAUGAUGAAGAGGAUGAUUAUAUGGACAGUGAUACUGGCUCCAGCAUGUUUGAUGACCUCUUGGAACAGGUGCGCAAUGAUGAUCCUGAACUCACCGAGCUUAACAUCAACAACUCUGAUGUUAUCAAGACAGAUACACUGAUCCAGUUUGCUGAAGGACUUCGCAGUAACACUCACAUUAAAACAUUUGCUCUUGCCAACACAAGAGCUGAUGAUCACGUAGCUUUUGCCAUUGCUGGGACUUUACGGAACAACACCACGCUAACAGGAAUCAACCUGGAUUCCAACCUUCUCACCGGCAAAGGCAUUCUGGCUAUCAUUGAGUCUUUGCAGCACAAUGCCACCCUUAAAGAGCUUCGCUUCCACAACCAGAGACACAUCUGUGGAGGGAAGACUGAGAUGGAAAUGACAAAGGUACUACGGGAUAAUACUUCGUUACUCAAGUUGGGUUAUCACUUUGAGCUAGCUGGGCCAAGGAUGACCAUGACCAACAUCCUUAGUCGUAAUAUGGACCGUCAGCGGCAGAAACGACUGGAAGCACAACGUCUUGCCAAGCAGGAAUCUCAGGCAAGCUCAGCGCCCCCUAGUGAAGAGAAAAAGAAGCUCAUACCUGACAAGCCCAAACUUAAGCAAACUCCACAGUCCAACCCUGUUGAGAAAAAGCAAUCUAUAUUAGCAAAAGUUUCCAAAUUUAAUAAACCCUCUUCACCCCCCAAAGCCACUCCACCCUCCAAGUCCACGGCUGCCCCCUCAUCCUCCAAAGCAACAGCUAAAAAAGGUGGGCUCACAACAGAGUCAAGCCCAGGACCUCCAGCUCCUCCUCCUCCUCCUGCCCCAGUGCUGGAUAUUCAGGCACUUCGGAAGUCGUUGACCUCAGUCUCGCAGCGCAAACAAGACAGCAGCCAUGUCUCAGCACGUGGAACACCAAAAAGUUCCAGAGAUCAGUUGCUGGACUCUAUCAGGAACUGCAACAUGAACACGCUCAAGAAGGUCGAGGUUCCUAAGCGGCUGAAGUAGCAGAUGGCAGAAAAACCAGAAGAGGAGCGAGUCAGCUAUAGUGGAUGUCCAUGAUGGCAAUGAUAAAUGGAUAAUGAGUCCAGAAGCAAAUACAGUACUAUUAGAGAACUUUGGUACAUUUGAGCGAUGCUCACAGAGUAUAUACUAAAAUCAGUUGGAUCCUUAAUACUAUAACAAAAUUGGACUUUUUUUUUUAAUUUAAUAGCUCAAUUGAGGAUGAUAAAACAUGAAGAUCUUAUAAUGAGCACACAUUCUUUGUAAAUCAUUUUUAGUUUAGUGCCUAUACAUUUCUCAUAUAAUUUAUUUUUGGGGCUUGAAAAUUGUUGAAUUGUGAAUGUUAACUACGAAAUCAAAAUUUGUAUUAAAAAGGAAAAAAGCCAUUAACUACAAGUUGCCUCGAAUACGGAAUAACACUAAACUGUGCAAGUCUAUGAGCUGCUUUUUUUCAGCUACAUGAAGUCUAAGCUGAGUUUGUAGUUCAGCCUAUUUAUAUACAGUUACAUUAACUCCUUGGGCAGACAAUUUUAUCUAUAGCAAUUUACAAUCUGCACACAUCUGAGUAGAUUAAGGGUCUUUCCAAAGGGCCCAACAUUGGCUACGUUUACAUGCACAUGAUAUUUCAUUUAAGGUCUAUAUUCGAGUUGCAUCCAUAUUCCGAAUACGAUGUUUAUAUGCGUACAGACAUCAGAAUAUUCCUGUAUACAUGAGUUGAGUUGCCAUUCCUAAAUACCUAGCCUACAGCUAAGCAUCUGUUAGCACCCACAAUUCCUUGUGGACUGAGCAUGCGCAUACAUCUCCUUUCAGUGGAUUUUCUGAAUAAGGUGUUUACAUGCAACAAAUUUCCAAUCAAAACAGGCAUAUUCCAGGGGUGGGGAUCGGAAUUUGGGGAAUCAGAAUAUUGUCUUAAUCUGGAUCGGGCAAUGGGAUUGCGGCAUAUACAUAACUCAAUACUAAUUAGAAUAUUACCAAAUUCCGAUUAAUAUCAGAAUAUCAAUGUGCAUGUAAAUGUAGUCAAUGUCUCUCAAGCAGUUUUGUUCCAGCUGUCAUGAAGAAAAAUAAUAAAAGCUCACCAUCUCCAUUACU